AUGAGCGGUGGACUUGGUGGAAACCAUCGUGUUGAUGAUCCUCGUGUCACAAAAAUUAGGGCAUCAGAUACAUUGGUGGCUGCAAGUUGGACGAUGGGGAUGGGAGGGGAAAGACCUGAAAUUUCACUCCCUCCUGAUGCUACCAACACACUUUUUGUUGAAGGCUUGCCUGUUAAUUGUACUCGCAAGGAAGUGUCUCGUAUCCUUUCAUUUGUAGAAAAAGUUUUCCUUUGUUUUCUCCUUAUUUUCACCGUCAAGUGUCUUCUAUUAAUGGGGUUGAAAGAUAUAUUUCGUCCUUUCGUUGGCUACAAGGAAUCAAUGCUUGUGGCCAAAGAAUCAAGACAUGUAAGAACACAUCACCCAUUCCAGCACCCAUCCUACGAAAGUGGUCAUAGUGGUAGUGGCGAUAGUCUGUGA